CGAGCCCCGCCGCCCCCUCCCCCGGGCCCUGGCCGCCUCUCCAUGACCUCCAUGACCUCUCCAUGACCUCCAGGGGAGCACCGUGGCGAGGCGGCGGUGGACCGUCCCAUGACCUCACCUCCGCAUGACCUCCGCAUGACCGGCGGAUAACCACCAGCAUGGAGGAGCUGAGCGCCGAGCUCGGGCGCGUGGACGCGAACGCGCACCAGGCGCCCGUCGACAUCUCGCUGGCGGACACCUUCCCCCUGGCGGUGUCCAACCUGGAGUACCAAAAUUACGGCAACACCCCCGUGAAAAUGAAGCUUAACAACACGGGGUACACGGUAACGGUGAGCGGCAAGUUCGACGGCGACCCCCCGACCCUGCGUGGGGGUCCCUUGGACGGGACGUACAAGUUCUCCCAGCUGCACUUCCACUGGGGCCCCAGCGACAGCGAGGGCAGCGAGCACACCUUCGAGGGCCGAGGCUGCCCGCUGGAGAUGCACAUGGUGCACGUGAACCAGAAGUACGGCACGCAGGAGGAGGCGCUGCUGCAGAAGGAUGGCGUGGUCAUCGUCGCCUUCCUGUUCAUCAGUGGCGCCAAGCACGGAGGCCUGGACGGCGUCUGCCGCGGGCUGGUCGAGGUCACCAAGCCCCACACCUCGUUCAAGAUCUCGCCGCAGUCGCUGCAGAGCCUCUGCCAGCCCUUCCAGCGGGACUACUUCUCGUACUGGGGCUCCGUCAUCAGCCCGUCCUGCUCGCAUCUCAUCCAGUGGCUCGUAAGCAGGGACCCGCUGGAGGCCUCGCCCGAGCAGUUCGCCGCCUUCCGGCAGCUGCUCAACGUGAACGAGGAGCCGCUGCUGCGCAACUACCGCGACGGCCAGGCGCUGGGCGGGCGCACCGUGUUCCACCUGGCGCCGGGCAGCCGCGACGGCUUCACGCUCAACUGCAGCCCGGAGCGGACGGCGGCCGGCGACAAGGCCGGGGGCACCGUGGCGCCGGGCGCGGACACGAGCGUGCUCAGCGUCGAGCAGCCGUGCACCAGCCUGGGCGAGGCGGAGAGCAAGGGCGUCGUCAACCUUGGCGGGGAGGUCCAGGUGACGGAGUCGGGGCGCGAGGUUGUCCGCACGCCCUCGGGCCGCCUCCUGGAGAAAACACAGUCCGGCCGGCUCGUGGAGAAGACGGCCUCGGGCCGCCUGCUGGAGAGGACGCCUUCGGGCCACAUGGUGGAGAGGACUCCCUCGGGCCACCUGCUGGAGAAGACCGAGUCCGGCCGGCUCGUGGAGAGGACGCCGUCGGGUCACCGGCUGGAGAGGACGCCCUCUGGCCGCCUCGUGGAGAGGACGCCCUCGGGCCGACUUCUGGAGAGGACAGAGUCCGGCCGGCUCAUGGAGAAGACGCCCUCCGGCAACCUGCUGGAGACGUCGCGCCAGCUGCCGCCCGCCAUCGAGCUGACGCCCUCCGGACACGAGAUGACGAGGACGCCCUCGGGACGCCUCAUCCAAAUGACGGCGUCGGGCCACGAGCUGGAGCGGACACCGUCGGGACGCCUCAUCCAGAGGACGGCGUCGGGCCACGAGCUGGAGCGGACGCCGUCUGGACGCCUCAUCCAGAAGACGGCGUCGGGCCGCGUGCUGGAGCGGACGCCCUCGGGAAGGCUGGUGGAGGUCACCGCAUCGGGGCAAGAGCUGGACACGUCGGAGCAGCCCAUCCUGGACAAGCCUCUGGAGGAUGAAGUCCUCGGUGAGCAGCUGUUGUCGGUGUCGGGGGGCUCGGCGGACGGCGGGGCGGGGGCGUCUGGGCCAGGUGCGGCCUCGGCAGCGCCCGACGCGGGCUCGGCCGGCCGUCCCGUGGAGAGGACACCGUCGGGCCGCCUGCCAGGGAUGGGCUCCAGGGUCGUCAGCUUCUCCCAGCUCACGGGGCCCAUAAAGGCGCGCUCAGACGACGAGUGGCCCGCGGCACCCUUCACGGGAGGCGCGGCCGCCUCCCCGGUGUUCAUCGACACGACCCAGGCCGCGCGCAUGCCGUGCCCGCCGCUCGAGUUCCUGGGCCACUUCCAGACGGGCGUCGGGCUGGUGCUCACCAACAGCGGGGAGACAGUGGAGAUCAGCCUGCUCAAGGCUAAGGACCGCCCGGUGCUACAGGGCGGCCCCCUCAAGGGGCGCUACAUCCUCGACUCGGCCCACUUCCACUGGCUGCCCAACGAGGACGCGGCGGCCGGCACGCACACCAUCAACAACUCGAGGGCGGAGAUUGAGUGCCACCUGGUGCACAUCCACGAGGACUACAAGAGCAAGACGGAGGCCAUGGACCACCCCAACGGGCUGUGCGUGGUGAGCGUGCUGCACCAGGUGGGCGGCGCCGAGUGCGAGGUGUUCCGGCGCCUGUGCCAGGAGCUGCCGCGCAUCCAGGAGCUCUACACGCAAGUCGAGAUGCCCGGCCUCGACCUGUCGUACAUGGCCCGGGUGGUCAAGCCGCACGAGUACUUCAUGUACCCGGGCCGCUUCUUUGGCCGCGAUGACGGCCAGGCCCUGGUGUGGAUCGUGUUCGCCCAGCCCAUCGGCAUCUGCUGCCAGAACGUGGCCGCCUUCAGGAGCCUUCGGUUGUCCUUGGACUUCCGGCAGCACGACACGUACCCGCUCGGCGAGCGGCCCCUGUACGCCGUGAUCGCGGAAGGGGCCGCCGACGGCGGGGGCCCCGGCGGCGUGGGCGUGGACGGCGGCGGCGUGGGCGACCGCCCGGGCGCCGACGGCGUGCCCGACGAGCUGGAGGUCGGCGCGCUGCGGCGCACGGCGUCCGGACGCGUCCAAGGGAUCGCGCCCGACGAGUGGCCCAACGCGCCCUUCGUCUCCAAGCACGAGUUCCUCAUGGCGCCGCUCGACAUCCAGUCGUCCAAGGUGCCCAGCAUCCCCAUGCCGCCGCUGGAGUACCGCGGCCACUUCCCGAGCGGCGCCGUCCCCGUCGAGAUGCGGAACACUGGCGAGGCGGUGGACGUGAUCUGGAAGACCAGCGCCGUGCCCACCCUGGUGGGCGGGCCCCUCACCGACGAGUACGUGUUCGACUCGGCGCACUUCCACUGGGCCCAGAACCCAGAGGACGUGGGCGCCAUGCACCGGAUCAACGGAAAGAGGUAA